AUGAUGGACACAAUGGAUGCGAAGCCUCCGCUGAUCGAUUUGGAUUUGAAUGGAUUGGCCUCCGUUCUCUCAAUACCCGCCUCUGGCAGUAAUCACGAUUGUUCACUUUGCUCGAAAACUUUCCCCAACUCGAAACUCCUUCAACAACACCAGCAAACGUUUCACACGGAUAAGGCCUUCGUCUGCGAGAUUUGCGGGAAAGCUUUCCGUUUCCGCUCAAAUCUUGCCGAGCAUCGAUCCGUUCACACAGCUCUCAAGCCAUUUGUAUGCAAAUUUUGCGGGAAAUCCUCUCGACUAAAAGGCAAUCUAACAAAACAUAUCUUGAAACAUCAUAAAAAGGAGCAAAAUGAGCAAAUAGGCAUCGAUGAUAUCAUCAUUAAAAAGGGAGCUCCACCCCAAGAAGUCCCUGUCUCACUCUUACCGAAAGCCGAAAAUGAAUCACCGGAAAACUAUGAAAAAGCCAUCCUUCUCUCAUUCGGCUUCGAUCAAGGCACAAUGGAUUUAACAGAAAAUGGAGAGGAAAACGGAGUCGACAGUCCAGAAGACACAGCAUCAAUGACCGACUCAGCAAUGAAGCAAGAUUUAGACAGCGACAUGUCCGCUGCAAGUCCACUACCACACAACUCAACGAUCGGCGGCGCGGCUUCUCUGCAUGCCCUUCUCGCUUCCGUUUGCACUUCACCACCACAACAACAACGCGACAAAACCCAAUCACCCCCGAUUCUCGCAAAUUUGAUUCACAGUUUUGCCAUCUCUUCACCAUCAAACAGUACAAAAACUGAGCCAAACGCGAAAACACAAUGCAACGAGUGCGGGAAACAUUUCCGGAAAGGCUCACAACUGCAAAUCCAUUUGGUGUUGAAUCAUGGCUAUCCACCAUUGGGGAACACAAAUAAUGGAGAGGAGAAGACACCCGAACCGGAGAGAUCCAGUGAAUGCGAGGCUCCUCCAAUUGCUCACGUCCUUCCCAUUCACCAGCCAACUGUCGGUGAGGUUGCCACUCUGCAAAAUGAUGUUCGAACGAUCAAAAAUGCUCUCUCUGAAAUAAAAACCCAACAAGCCACUCCAAAACAGGAUCAAUUAUUAUCCGGUUUGGACACUAGAGUGAGUCGAUUGGAGAAACAAGUCGAAAUGGCGCUCAACAGCAUCUAUACACUGGUUCAAUUGCAAACAGGAAUCUCUUCUUCAUUAACAAAAUUCCGCGACGAAACCGGCGACCAACUGCGCGCCAUUCGAGCGCUUCUCUCUGAGGGCACACCCACAAAU